AUGGGCAUCAAAAUUUUCAUGGUUUCCUUCAUCUUCACAUCAUUCCUCCUCUCCCUUCUUCUUAUUCCUUCUCUCUUAACUAAACCAAACUCCAUAUUCCACCUCUCCGGCCAUCUCCGGCCAUCUUCUAAUACCAAAUUAUAUCCGGUAACCUUUGCGUAUCUCAUCUCUGCAUCCAAAGGCGAUGUCGGUAGGCUGCAGCGCGCCCUCACUGCUCUCUACCACCCUGCCAACUACUACCUCCUCCACCUUGACCUCGAGGCAUCGCCGUCGGAACGAGCCCAACUAUCCAAAUUCGUCUCCAGACACCCAACGUUCACCCAAACUGGCAAUGUUUGGAUCGUCGGCAAGUCGAACAUCGUCACCUACAGAGGCCCAACCAUGCUUUCCACCACCCUCCAUGCAAUGGCCAUUCUUCUGAGAAGCUGCCAAUGGGACUGGUUCAUCAAUCUAAGUGCCUCAGACUACCCACUUAUCACUCAAGAUGACCUCAUUGUGGCAUUCUCUAAAUUGCCUAGAGAUCUUAACUUCAUACAACACUCCAGCCACUUAGGAUGGAAAAUCAACAAGAGGGCAAGGCCACUGAUCAUAGACCCUGGGCUUUAUAGUCUCAAUAAAUCAGAGAUUAUUUGGUCUGCCAAACAGAGGAGCCUGCCUACUGCUUUCAAGCUCUAUACAGGCUCGGCCUGGACAAUACUUUCGAGAUCCUUCGCAGAGUACUGUGUGGUGGGCUGGGACAAUCUACCAAGGACCCUCCUCCUCUACUACACCAACUUCAUCUCAUCACCUGAGGGCUACUUCCAGACAGUGAUCUGCAACUCAGAGAAUUAUCGAAACACAGUAGUAAACCAUGAUCUUCAUUAUAUCAAGUGGGACAAUCCACCAAAGCAGCAUCCACUCACUCUAGGAAUGCAGGAUUAUAGAAGGAUGAUUCUAAGCAGCAGACCAUUUGCAAGGAAGUUUAAGAAGAAUGAUCCCGUGCUCGACAAGAUCGAUAGGGACCUCCUUCGACGGCGAAGUGGGCAGUUCACCUAUGGAGGGUGGUGUUUGGCUGGGAAAAAUGGUGUGUGCUCUGGUGCUCGUCGAAGAGAGAACAUGGGUGUUCUAAGACCAGGAGCAGGCUCUAGGAGACUGAAAGCUCUUCUAACAAAGCUGCUCUCCACUAAAAAUCUGAGAAGGCAAUGCAGGUGAAUACUUAGGAAAAUGUAUAGACAAAAAUUUGUGCAGGUGAAAUUUCUUUGAAGCUAAGGUGAUCUUGAUUGAAACUAUAGAGUUUUUUGCAGUAUUGGCAGAGAUGGACUAACAUAAUGAUCGAUCUUGAACCAGAUAUUUUGCAACUCAGAUGAACAAUUGAAUUGUCCAAGUUGAAUGAAAUACUACAAGAAAUUGAGAUUUUCCAUGAACUGGCAUCUUCAUUGAGACGAUUCUCACACUCGACCAUUCUGGUGUUUGUUUGUUGUUGCGCAGCAAACUUGGAGAAAUCAUCUUUCUUCAUUAUUCAAAUUAUGAGCAAGAAAGUUCCCUUAAAAAUGAAAAAAAUGGGAAAAUAAAAACAGUAGUAUCGGUCAUAUUUUUUGAGAAGAUGCAUCCACUGGAAGAUGUUCAGUAGUUCGAGCAUCAAAUCAGAUUUUUCUUCCUUCUUCGUUUUUCCUUUCUAGUUCUUCUGUAAAUUUACCAUAAUCACAUGUAGGAACGCAUCCAUCUGGAGAGGGAUGAGUGGAUCGGAAAUU